AUGGACGCUGUUAACGCCUCGUCCACCUCGUCUGCCUUCACCUCGGUCCUCGCCAAUGCAAAGUAUGUCGGCGUUGCCGUGCCCCCUCAGCUCGACUAUGUCUUCGAGGCCAUCGUCACCGCGAGUCCCUGGACCCUGCUCCUGACUUUCUUCGCCAUGUGCAUCGUCUACGAUCAGAUCAGCUACGUUAUGAGCAAAGGCUCCAUUGUUGGACCCUCGUGGAAGAUGCCCUUCAUUGGCCCCUUUCUCCAGUCCGUUGACCCCAAAUUCGAAGAGUAUCACGCCAAAUGGGCUAGCGGGCCCCUGAGCUGCGUCUCCGUCUUCCACAAGUUCGUCGUCAUCGCCUCCACCCGAGACAUGGCACGCAAGGUGCUCAACUCGCCCUCCUACGUCAAGCCCUGCGUCGUCGACGUCGCCCACAAGCUCCUCGGCCACGACAACUGGGUCUUCCUCGACGGCAAGCUACACGUUGACUUUCGCAAGGGCCUCAACGGUCUCUUCACCCGCAAAGCCCUCGAAACCUACCUGCCCGGCCAGGAGGAGGUGUACACGCGAUACUUCAAAAAGUUUGUCCAAGUCACAAAGAACAACGAUGGCAAGCCCGUCCCCUUCAUGCCCGAGUUCCGCGAGCUCAUGUGCGCCGUCUCGUGCCGCACCUUUGUCGGCCACUACAUCUCGGACGAGGCCGUCAAGAAGAUUGCCGACGACUACUAUCUCAUCACGGCCGCCCUUGAGCUCGUCAACUUUCCCAUCAUCAUCCCUUGGACCAAGACGUGGUACGGCAAAAAGGCUGCUGACAUGGUCUUGGCUGAGUUUGCCAAGUGUGCCGCCAAGAGCAAGGUGCGGAUGGCCGCUGGCGGCGACAUCACCUGCAUCAUGGACGGCUGGAUUCUGCAGAUGAUCAACUCGGAGCGCUGGCGCGAAGCCGAGAGCAAUGGCACCUGCGAGGGCAUGGAGAAGCCGUACCCGCUAUUGCGCAUGUUCAACGACUAUGAGAUUUCCCAGACCGUCUUCACAUUUCUCUUUGCCUCCCAGGAUGCUACCAGCAGCGCCGCCACCUGGCUCUUCCAGACUGCUGCCCAGCGACCCGACGUCCUGGAUCGCGUCCGGGAGGAGAAUCUCAAGGUCCGCAACGGUGACAUUCACGCCGAGCUCGACAUGGACCAGCUCGAGUCCCUCAAGUACACGCGCGCCGUCGUUCGCGAGCUGCUCCGAUACCGCCCUCCGGUGAUCAUGAUUCCGUACGAAGUGAAGAAGGCGUUCCCCAUCACCGAUUCGUACACGGUCCCCAAAGGUUCCAUGUUGAUUCCCACGACGUACAUGGCUCUCCACGACCCAGAUGUGUACGAGAAUCCCGACCGUUUUGAUCCGGAGCGAUACUACUCGGGAGACGCAGAGGUCAAAGGGGCCAAGAACUAUCUGGUAUUCGGCACCGGCCCUCACUACUGCCUUGGCCAGGUCUACGCGCAGCUCAACCUCGCUCUUUUCCUCGGAAAGGCGUCGGUGCAGCUGAACUGGACUCACCACCCCACGCCGCUGUCGGAGGAGAUUAAGGUGUUUGCGACCAUUUUCCCCAAGGACGACUGCCCGCUCACGUUUGAGGAGCGAAAGCCGUAA